AGAUCCCCGGGUUAAUCUUCAGCUCAGAUUAGAUAUAUCCGUCGAUCUGUGAUGGCUCAGUCCAGAUCGGCCCACUGAAAGUGUGGGAGGAAGCGCGAACCCACCCGGCAUGCCACUGAACAGGUGGCGCUUAAGCAGACCAGACCGACGUCACUAGCCGUCACUCAGGUGCCGACGCAGUCACAUCGCAUCCUGAGUGCCUCCCUUUUACAUACUCUCAAUUGUCCUUCCCAGCUUCAUUGUUACCUGAAGGUCGAAUUCUUCACUACACCAGUGGCCUUGUUAUCUUAAUACGAUCCACUGCUUGAGUCAUCCACACCAUGGUCUCUACGCGACACCAUCCCACCGACUUUCCGCCCCCUUCGACCGCGAGAGCGUCAACACCUUCUACGCCUUCCACGAGUGCCAAUGACUCUACCAAGCGAUGGGUGCAUGUUCCAUCGGGUGCCAUCACCCUCUGGCUGAUCGUCUCUGUCCCGCUAGUCUUGUGGGAUGCUGGCUACGUGUUGCUGCGCCCUCACUCUAUGCCGGGUAACAAACUGCAUUCCCCAAUCUGGACCCCGUACGCGCUUUAUGGGACGAUCGAUUAUAUGUACGGCUGGCCGGCAUUCAAUGCACGAAAUGGGUUCACUGCGGCACAAACUGUGCUGAACCUUGUCGAGACCGCCGGCUACAUCUACUACCUGGUGAUUGUGUAUACACACGGGGUUUCGGCAGGGAACGCGGGUCGGAGCCAGCGCAAGGCUAAGAAGGGGCUAUUGUGGAUGCUGAAGGAGUCCAAGGUGGUUUCUGGACGUACUGGAGCGACUGCGCUUCUGGUGGCCUACAGUGCCUCUAUAAUGACCCUUGGGAAGACAAUUCUAUACUGGCUGAACGAGGCUUUCUCUGGUUUCGACAACAUUGGCCACAACGACCCUUGGACCCUGUUUAUUUUCUGGAUCAUACCCAAUGGUCUCUGGAUCGUUUUCCCUAGCUACGGUGUCUAUAUUCUAGGCUCGGAGAUCUUGGCUUCCCUAGAGAGUUCUGUCCCGCGUCAGCGAGUUGGACGACCCAAA